CUUUCGGCUCUGUGCUAACGUUCCCACCCAUCGUCACGCUUUUGGCAUCUGUGUACCGACCAACCAAGCCAUUUGGUUUUUACUCAUGGACGAGCAGCGUUCACUGCCUCCACUGGAGGAGAUAAACACUCUGGGGUCAAGAGAGGCAUUGCGGACCGACGAAAGGCUUGGCGGAGUUGCGACUGCAGCGGAAGGCUUCACAUCGAUUGCAGCCCCUGUCCGUCAGCGGCCAAAGGACACUAGUGCCACUGAGCCCGUCGAGGAUCACCGAAACUCCAAUGUGUCUACAGAACGCAGGGUGGACCGAGCAUGUGCGGCGUGCGUUCGUCGGAAAAUUAAGCUAAUAGUGUUCUCGCAUCUGGCCCUGCGAGGCGUGCCAGAGAAGUGGAAGUAA